CUACUCGUCAAUCGUAAUUUUGUUGUGGCCAAGUGUGGUUCCACGAAUAAGUCAGAGUGCAAUUCGUUUUUUUUACAAGUAAAUUGUGGAAUUUUCUUUUUUAUUUUCAUUUCAUUCGAUCGAGCAAUUUAAGUUUAAAAAUAUAAACGCGUUUGGCUAUUCUAAUGGAAAAACCACGGUUGGUUUUACACCAAACAUGUGCAAAUUUACAUUUUCAAAUGUAAUGUGAGCAAACAAAAAGUGCAUAAUUGGAGAUUUGAUGGUGGAAAGUGACGUGAAAAUUUCCAUGUAAGCAUAUUGAAAAAGUUUCAGUGCAAAUAAAGUAUUCUCAUAAAAAAGUUGCUUUGCCUAAAAAUGCAAGUGCAAAUUUGGCAUUUGCUAUUAUAAUGUGUGUAGGGCGGAAUCUGUAUGUUCAAGUUGAGCAGCGUUGAGAAGUUUAAAGUGUGAAUAUCGUGAAUAUAAAAAUAUGUGGAACGGGAUGUUUUUGUUAUGUCGCAUGAAGUGCAACGAAUAAUAAAAGGAGGCCACAGAAAAGUAAUAGUAACACCAUUCCUAUCGCCCAUACGAUAGUGCAUAUAUAUACAUAUAAAUAUAUAAUUCAACUUAUAUAGCGGGAAUAGUGAAAAUCAGUGUAUUUUACAUUCUACGCUUCAUUGCGUCAUUCCUGUCUGGCCGUGUUUCUUUGUUUUGAUUUUGUUCCACACGCGGGUGCGUCUAUGCCUUGCGGAUGCAUGUCUAUAUCUACAUAUAUCAUUGUGUACAUGUGCAUUUUCCGUAUUUCAUUGUGAAUUUCCAUCCGGGUGAUAUUUAACGCUUCCUUUUAAUUUUUUUGUUGGCUCUCAACGUAGCCUCGAUAAAAAUUGUUGCUGCAAUUUGGCCAUCUGUGCAAGUGCGAAACGUACGUCAGUGCGCCUGGCCUGAAGGACGACGCCUUUUUCAACAAUAAAAAAUCCUUAACAAAUUUGUCCAAGAUAAGGAAAAACGCGUGAAAAAAAUAAGUAAACAGUGUAUGUUCCAAGUGGUGUAAUCGAAACAAAAAAUUCGAAGAAUAACAACAACAAAAGCAGCAGUCAGUGAGCCGUCGACGAAAACCACAAUAAAGGCAUAAAAUGGACACAUUUCGAAAGUGGCUGAACAAACCAAAGGCAGAUGAUAAAUCCCUACUAGCACGCUUCUAUCAUGCAGAUCGUUCACUCACAGCCGUCGCCAGCGAAUUGGACAGCUUCGAUGGGCGCGCAGAGCCAGAUCGCUGUUCACGUCUUGUCAGCCGGCUGCGACAGGGACAGGACAAAGUACUCUCCAUUACUAAUUUAAUAAUGGAAGAGCUGCUUGGCGAAGAACGUCAUCCACGUGCAUUUCGUGCGAAAUUUCCCGAAGAAGUGCUGCAGGAGAAUCUGGCCGGUCAAUUGUGGUUCGGCGCCGAGUGCCUUGCCGCCGGCUCGUCGAUAAUGCAUCGCGAACAGGAGAGCAAAGAGAUGCGCCCAUUGGCGCAGGCGGUCACAAAGAGUUUGGGUAAUGUGCGCAGCUUGUUGCGUGAUCAGUGCCUUCGCAAUAAUGUGCCGAAUAGCAAAACACUACAUCUGGAUAUAAACGACUCGACCACAGAGCAAUUGUAUGAGAGUUUGAAAAUAUUCGAUCGUCUAUUUGCCGAAUUCGAAUUGCGUUACGUCAGCGCUAUGGUGCAGGUGAAGACAAGGGAGGAAUACGAAAUGCAAGAAUACAUUUGCGUACUCUUCUCGGAGACAUUGCAUCGUGCGCUCAAAUUGGGUCUCAUCGAUCAGGACAAAGUGGAUACAUUCGAUCCGGCUUUGAUGUUCUCCAUACCACGUUUGGCAAUUAUAACGGGUUUGGUAGUUUUCCCCAAGGGUCCACUCAAUAUGGAUAUGCCGGCCGAUCAGUUGUCGGAAAUGUUUCGACCAUUUCGUACGAUACUCAUAAAAAUACGCGAUCUACUGCGUACGCUGAGUAAAAGUGAGCUGCAACAGUUGGAGAAGCUUCUCUGCACCAAUGAGGACAUUCAGCUAACUCUGCCUGUCGGCACCAGCAGCAUCGAAGCACCGAGUGAGGAUCAACGGAACAACAACAGCACAACUAACAGCACGACUGCGUCAAUCACUCAGAAUCCUGCCAGCAGCACAAACGAGGAGACUCUUGCGCAUCCCCUGGAACAACGAAACAAUAAUUUAGGCGACACUACGCCUAAUGCCACAACCUGGGCGACACAAGUUCCUACGCCUAACUCCAGCACAAUAAGUUCAAAAAAUCCGCUGAAAACUGCUAAAACAGCAGCUGCUAUUGGUUCAACCAAGGCCUGCAAGAAGUCACAUUGUGAUUCCUGCAGCCGUCGCUCUAUAUCGUCAGCCUCCAGUGAUAGUUCAGCGAUUUCCACACCCGCCGUUUCGCCGUCGCCAUCACAUUCGAUUGCAUCGACAACGUCCGCCGUAAUGAAUAGUUCGACUACCUCACCAGCGGACUGGUCCGAUGAUGAUGAAGACGAAAACGAUGAUGAGUUUGAAGAUGAUGAUGAGCACGACGAGGAGGAGGAUGAUGUAGACGUCGAUGAUGAAGAUGAUGAUAUGCUCGUUAAUGACGAUAGCGAAAGCGACGAUGACGAAGUUGUGAUCGGCGAUUGUGAGAACGAAGACAUGGUUUCAGCCGACUGUGCUACCGGUUAUCUCAUUCCAAAUACAAAUUUCGGCAAUUUGCUGCAACCACAAGAGGUUCCUUUGACGGGUAAUUUCAUUGCCAGCGAAGAUGAUGCUUCCAGCAAUGCCAAUGUCGAGUUUGAAGAAGAUCAGCAAACCUACGCAGAUAUACCCACCACAAGUGCGGCUUUAAGACGGCUACGUCUUAGCAGUCAAACUGAACACAUUUCCAUUGACAGUGACGAUAAAGGGACAAUAAUAGCUGCAGCAACUACAACAACAACCACAACAUCCUCACCAAAGUCAUCACCCUCACAAGGUAGCAGUGAUAGCCUGACCAGUCCAAUUGGCAGUGUAACAGACAAAAUGUCUGCAUGCAGUUGUGAGCCUGCAACUUCGUCUUCAUCCUCCUCCACACAAAGUAAUAACAGCGCGUCGAGCGGGAAGCAGACAACACAACGUCAUUGCAACAACCAUCAUCACCAUCGUCAUCAUCACCACGAUCACAGUAGCUGCGCGCUUGCGCAAACACACCAUAGUCCGCCAAGUCGCCACUAUCCUUACCAUCACCACAACCAUCAUCACCACCAUCACCAUCAUCAUCAUCAUCGGCACAAUCGCAGCCGCAAUGAACAAACAACGAAGGCGAAAAACGGCAUUGCCGAAGACAGCGUUAGUAGUGAUGCGCAGUCGGCACAGCUUAUGAAUCCAAGUGAUGUGAAAGAGUCGAAAACGGCCGCCAGUCAAAGCAACACCUCGAGCGCAGAUAGCAGUAGCGCAUCUUCGCUGUCAGAGGUUGUUGCGCAUCCGCUUCAACAGCCCAAUGAAGUCAGUCAGGCAAUAAAAGUGGCUACGCGCAAACGUUUCAACAUCGAAAAUCUAUUGCAUCGCCUAUUUGUAUGCAUAGCUGGCGUGGCUGAUCAACUGCAGACCAAUUUUGCCGCCGAUUUACGCCAAAUAUUGCGCAGCGUAUUCCUCAUGAAUAUGUCGCCGGCAGAGGAGGAUUUGGAUAUACCCGAAAAACCAAAGGAAUCGGAAUUAUUUGAAUUCCGCGCGUCCGAACAAGAUGUGAUACAGGAGAAUGCCGGCUCCAAUCAGAGCAUUUAUUCAGCCGAAGAAGUCAAUCCCGAGCUGGACAAUGUAUUCCACAAUAAUGGCGGCAGCAGCAGUUCCGGCAGCGGGAACAACAGCAGCACCAGUGUCGGCGGUGGCAGCAAUACCAAUAAUCGGCAUUCCCUCGGUGGCGCCAUACAACGUGGCAACACCAUAGACGUGGCUGAGGCGAACGCUGAUUCGCACGCCGGACGCGUGCAUGUUUGUCGCAGUCGCAGUUUAGGUGAUCAGGAACACAGUGAUAUUGGCGCGUUGCCGGCCUCAACGUCUGCCACCACAACUGUUGGUGGUCAGAGCAGCCGCUUAAGCGCAUACAUUAGCGGCCAACGGCAGAGACGAAAUCGUAACGACUCUGUGGGCAGCGCAUCGCCCGUAUCAUCGUCGUCGUCGUCUUCAUCAUCAGCCUCAUCGGAAAACAACUCGCCAAUUAGCCAACGCACAUCAAUAACACACUCCGCCAACAGUCACAAUCACAAUAAUAAUGUUAACAAUAACAACAACAACAAUAAUAAUACAACAGCAACAAGAGCAUCACCACCGUCCAAUGCGGUUAUUGCACCGAGCGCAUACGCUGUCGCUGCCGCCGCCGCCACAGUGGCCGCCUCCAACGGUAUGCGCAACGCCAACGUGAACGUACGUCUUUCGCCGCCCGCAUGGGUGCCGGACGAUAAGGCGCCACGCUGCAUGGGCUGCCGCACACAGUUCACCGCAUUCCGGCGGCGUCAUCACUGUCGCAACUGCGGCGGCGUCUUCUGUGGUGUCUGCUCCAAUGCAACGGCACCACUGCCCAAAUAUGGACUGACAAAGGCGGUGCGCGUAUGCCGCGACUGUUAUGUGAGUGAGAUGCGCGGCAGCAACAGCACGAACGGCAGCGGCGCUGUACGCUCGCCGCCCAUAUCACCGCGUUCCAAUGCACCGGCGGCGGCGACAGCUGGCGGUUCGUAGAAGCUUGAACUGCACGGCGUUGCAAGACUCGAUUUGGCGCGCUCACUGAUAUCACGGCGCUGUUAGCGAAAAUGUAUGCAUGCAGCGCUCUGCUGCGGCUGAUUAGUUGCCACCACAUACAUUUGUGCCGCAUUUUAAACUAAAUACGUAUUUCCAUUUUUUUGUUUUUUAUUUUACGUAAUGAGUAGUUACACAAUGCGAAUGUGUAAAGUAUGAAUUGUAUUGGUCUCUAAGUUAACGACAAUUACAACUGUGUGUUUGUUGUAAGCCAGAAAUGUUUAAUUUUUUAUUUUAUUUUUUUUUUUUUUAAUUCUUGAACUAAUCAGCCUUAAAGGAAUUCUUUCAAAACUAUAUUGUUGAAAUUUAUCGCAUUAUCUUACGAUUCGCUUACACCCUGUUAAUGAGUUUCAUUGCGUUUGCGCGGGGGAGUGCGAUUUUCUGUGAUUACAUAUAAUAUUCUUUGAAACGCAGCGUGGUGUUAAAAUCAAAUUUAGCGUUUUCAAAGGCUGUUGACGCCCAAAUUGUUGUUUGUACUUGUUUGAGAGCCUUAAGGUUUUAUAUUAUGAUUUUCUAGACUUCUUUUUCUUUUCGAAAUCCUCUCCGUUUACUCUGAGUUACACGUUAUGUAACAAUUUCGAGUUA